AUUUUAGCUGUAUUUAUUUUGUUUAAUAAAUUUUUUAUAUAUUUGAUUGUUUAGAUUUUAUCUCGUUUGAUUUGAUUUCCUUUCUCCAAUUUAGUGAUUCUAUAUGCGCAUGAUUCUCCUUAAUUAGAUAUUAGUCCAAGGAAAUUUUAAUUUAAAGUAUUAAAUGUAAUGUACAUAAUAAAAUGUAAAAUAUUAAAACUAGACUCAUCUGUGAUUUUUAAAAGAUUCUAUAAUCCACCUACUAAGAAGACAUGGAGUAAGCAGAAUCCGCUAUUUAAGACUCCUCGACCACUGGUCGACCCUUACAACCUGGGUCGACUCCACCCUGAUAAGGAGUGGUGGAACCUUCCCAAAAAAGGUCUAAAUCCAGAUACAUUCAUGGGAUUCCCAGAUGUCCUAAACAUUGAAAAACAUGGAGGAUCCCUAUACACCCACUGUAUGGACAGCUCUACACUAUCAAUGGUCGUUUAUCGCUGUAUAGAAAAUGGAAUUACAGAUAUUGACAUAUGGCACAAGUUAACACUUAAAGCUCUCAAACUUGCAAUGUCCCUGGAUACCUAUGUUAUAUCAGUUUUGUACCUGUACUUUUCACUAAGUUCCCACUAUGAUCAUAAAUUUGUCUCAACUUUUGUUGGUCGAAUUCUUGCAACCCUAGAUCAAUUCACCUUAGAAGAAUGUUCUAACGUAAUUUUGGCCAUGGAUAACCCUAAAUACUAUCACGAACAGACCUUUAACUAUGUUCUGAAACACGCCGAGAACAUUUGUUUAAACGGUAAUCUAAAUCCAAUAGAGUGUUUGAGGUUUUUAUCGAGUUUAAAAAACGUAGAAAACGUCUCUCAAAACUGCCUUUUAGCAAUAGGUGAAGCUAUAGAAGUUAGUGAUCUGAGUGUUAUUGACAAAGUUCUGAUCUUUGAUGGCCUAGAUAGCUGUUGUAGGUUCCAUGAUAAGGUCAGUCCUUUGUGCUCAGCCAGACUAUUCAACGAGUGCUGUUCUAUUUUGGAAUCCUCCAAAGAGUGUAUACACUAUUUCAACCUGAUUUUUUUAAACUCCAUCAUAACAUUCAACUUCAAAAACGAUCAAUUGCUAAACUCUAUACUUACAAAAAUUAAUGAAAACAUUUACGACUCCACAAAUGAGGAACAAGCCCGUUACUUAUAUCUCCUGAGUAAACUUAAGAACCAAAGCUUUCCAAACAUCACCAACACCAUUACCAAUAAGAUACAGAAGUUAGUGACCUCAUUUGAAAAAGAAGUUUUAAAGAAAUAUGAAGAGUUGAGUAACAACGAUACCUUGUGGUUCGAAGUUGCAGUAUCGAUUUUAAACUCUAAGCAAACACUAGAUUCCUCCCAAUUGAAAUUCUUGGGUGAAUUUUCCAAUAAAUCCCAGAAUCUUGGUAAAAAUCAACUACUGGAGCUAUACUCCAGUUUAUCAAAAACUUCCAUUCCACCAGACGUUUUUCCUCAUUUUAUAAAUUCUGUCGUAACUGAAUGUUGGAAUUUGGAAGAUUUAAGCCUAUCUGAGCUCACCACACUCCUGGAUUAUGACCAUGACUACUUCACUGGGGUUAUUCCGAGGGAUAAAAUGGACCGUUAUUUUGGUAUUCUUUUCAAUGAAAUCACAAAUUUAAGCUCAAAAGAAUUGGUCUCACUGAUAAAAUUCUCAUCCAAGGAUGUAAACUACAGUAAUAGGCUGGUGUUAAAGCUGAAGGGUUGCAAGAGGCUCCUGUACAAUCCAGGUGCAAUAGUAGAAGUGAUAAAACUGUAUAAGAGAGUGGGUAAGGAGGCAGAUGAAUUCAUUUAUGAACUCCUGGAUGGAAUUUAUAAAUCUAGAGCGAUGGUGCUAAGUCAGGAUAAGAAAAGGCUGGUUGAAGUUCUGGAGGAAAACGGUAUAAACUACAGAGUAAAUAAAUUUUAAUAACGUAUUUG